AUGACUUGGGAAGGGGCGCUUCCCCAACUUCGGACCGACCCGCGCUUUACGAAUUCGCCACUUUCCUUGAAUCAACAAAUUCACUUAUUCCAUUCCCAUAUCAGUCGCAUACGGUCAAAGUACCUUGACAGCCUCAGAGACCUCUUGGAAUCCCACGCACCGUCGCUUGCAACAUCUUUCAGUGAGCUGCCCCUUCAAACACUCCUUUCUUCCCUGCCCGCUGUGAAACUUGGGUACGACAUUAAACAUCUAGAGCAAGAGUUUUCCAGAUGGCAAAGGGAACGGACUCAAAUUUCACGUCGAGCAUUCGAUGAAAUGCUGUCUGAGAAUUCCUUCGUUGAGUUCUGGGGUCGGCUGAGUAAAAUAGGUGGAGAUGGGGUAGAGGGCAGCGUCAAAAUUGAGAACGAGGAUAUUGGGGAGGGUGAAGGCGAUAGUGGCGCCAGUAAAGUUGACAUGAAGUCACUCGCUAAAAACAUCGACAUACGAGAAAUGGAAAAGGUUUUGAAGAACGAUAAGCGGUUCAUCAUGUUCGACCACCUACCAAAGGAAAGAGAACAAUGGUUGAGGGUACGACGAUAA